AUGGCUGCUCCUCAAACCAUCGAUGAUAUCGUAAUGGAGGACGCGUCCGAUGAAGACGCAGACAGCGAUUUUCACGAUGAUGCCCCUGGUGCAGAAGCGUCCCAACCCUCCUCUGACGAUGAUGAUGACGGCGACCUUGAUCAACCCCCAGCAAAGAAGCGUAAGGUCGAUAAUGCUCCCACUCCACUCAUCCAAGAACUAGACUCUGGUGAUGAGGCAACGAUCAAGGAACAGAAAAAACACCGUCGAAAACAGAAGAAAACAAACGGAGACGAUGUCGAUGUGAGUGACAAUGAAACGGAUGAAUGGAGAGCUCGCACCCGAGCCAUGCGCGACAAGGAGAAGGAUGAACGAAAAAAGAACAAUCUUGCUACCAGCAAAGGCAGCACUAUUGAUGUGGACAAGAUCUGGGAGGAGAUGAAUCGACCGGCCACUGCUGCUGCGUCCGCUGAUGCCUUGGAUAAGACUCAGUCUCCAAAUUCCAAGCCAGGCAAUCCCACGGCUGGAGAAGGUGACAAGGAGAAUCGACCAGUCGCGAAUGCAGUUGCAGAAGGUGAUGCCGAAGAAAUUAUCACCAUCAAACGAACCUACAAGUUCGCAGGUGAGAUCCAUACCGAGGAGAAGACUGUGGCCAAGUCAUCUGCUGAAGCCCAAUUGUGGCUAUCACAACAUCAGUCUCCCAAAACAGAGGUGCUGACGGCGGAUGGACGUGUGGUUCAGAGACCCUUGCGUACCUAUUCCCGGUUUGACCCAAAUCUUAGUAAAUUGGAAGCUUUUAAAUCGUCGUGGUUGGGCCAAAAUGCACAGAACACUAACUUCAAAGGUCCCAAGCUCAAUGUGGUGGAAAAGAGCAAGAUGGACUGGGCGGUUCACGUCGACAGCGAGGGUUUGAAGGAUGAAUUGGAAACCCACGGAAAAUCGAAGGAAGGGUACCUCAACAGAAUGGACUUCUUGCGAGAUGUUGAGCAACGCAAGGAGAGUGAAGCCAGAGAUGCUAGAUUGAAGGGUCCGUCUCCUUUACCAAGAAUCAUCAGUGAUCCAACACCACCAGUACCCCAACUCACAGCCUUGACCGCUACCCCUCCAGCUCUUUCCAGAGCAAGCACUUUACCUUCCUCACCACUGGACGAGGUCCCGGAAAGACUCUGGGAUCGCGUCCUUCGCACCUCUGGUUCACGCGCCACUGAAACAAACAACCCGAAUCUGUCUCUUGAAGAGAUCAUCUCCACUCGCCUGUCCUUGGACGAGCAUCGCUUUCUGUCUCCUAAAAUCUAUUCGUCGAGCCCACCUCAUAUCCCACAUACAGCAACGAUGGGUGUGCAAAAGGUGUUUAAGAAUGGAGUAAAAAGCUUAAAGAAGAAGGUCCGGCGUAUACGAAGAAGCAUCUUUUCAAAGAAUUCGAGAGUUUCACGCGCUUCACCGGCAACAGUCGUCACUCCUGCCACGGAGGGCGCUGUUUCCAAUACCAGUCGCUUCUCUUUGACAGAAUGGCUUUCGAACCAGCAGUCAAACCCACCACCGGCCAUCGCGCCUGAAGUUCCAGAGCCAUUCCCCACUUAUCCCCAAGAUCGGUGGUUGCGAUCAGCAGAACAUUUACGAAUGGCAAACCUUGUGAGAGUUACAAAUGCACGGCCCAUCUCUGCCUUCCCUCAACAAAUCACUUCUGACUUCAUUCAUCUUCAACUUCAAGGCGCAAUCGACGGAGACAUUUCUCGCGCUCCUCAACGUCAUACUCAGCAACCGAUAACGGAGGUUGCGCGCCGAGGACUUUACUACAUGGAUGCUCCCAGUCAGAAUCCUGAUUUGUUCUGGAACAAUCGAAAUAUGUUUCGUCGCCGGAGUUUCAGUUCUGAUGAUCCUCCUCGGGCUCGAAUUCGGCGGCUAAGUUUCUGGCGUGCACGUAACCCAGUCUUCCGCUAUCCUUCAAUUCAUCAAGGAGCAGGUGAAAUACCUGGGUACACGAAAGUAGCCUAUUAUAGCCCAUGUAGCAUUGAGCAGAAGCCCGAGCAUCUGUGUGGCGAAACCUGCAUUCCACAAGAGGAGGGCUACGAGUUUGGUCCAGAUUGCCUUGGCAGCUCAAAGAGUCGACCGAAGCCUACGUGUGUCAGCGAUUUGGUGACAGCUUCUCUGCCUUCACCACCCAGAGCCUACGAUGCCGUGCUGUCUGAUUAUUCGCGCGCGUCACUCGAUGGUCAAGCUUCGAUACGAUCUCAAUUUGAGCGCGAUGAGCUCAUGGAGGAGCCGGUAGACAGCUUCAGCACCGGACGGUUGUCGAGGGCGCUUUCUACUGUGUUUCGGAACACCGAUUUUUCCCCCAACUGA